AGUGUCGAUUGUUCUUUUUCAGAUUUAGAAAACUCUGUUAUCGUGGGAAAGAGCAAAAAUCAUUUGAGAAGUUUAAGGAGUUGGCUAUCCCCUGUAGCGCGAAGCGUGAAUUCUCUCUGGAAGCGCUGUUGGCGUGCAUCCGUGGACGGCUGGGCUGCAACUACGUUUCACUCCCGAUGUGACGGCAAAGGUCCGACUGUGACAAUAAUAAGGGUCGGGAGAUAUAUUUUUGGAGGAUACACUAGUAUUCCAUGGGGUAAGUGAGCAUUGUAAGCCAAAGCGGUGGCAUUAACACCUUUGGCGCAUAUUGGCAUUGAUAUGUUCAGCUAAAAGUGCAGCUUGGUACCAAGCAAUAUGAAAUCAUGUAACUCUGCCUUUCAUACAUAGUUAAGCAGUGGCGAACAAAGGUUCUAGGUUAAUGGAUCUAGAGGUUGGCCCAUAUCCCCUCGUUCCUCCUGGGCCGAGGACCACCCCUCCUACACUCACAUGGUGUGAAUGAGCGCCACCCCCCACACCACUUCUCAAGUUCUGGUUCUGCAGAUCAUAAGUGAUGCAUUUCUAGCCUGUCAAAACGUGCCCAAAUUCCAGGCUAAUACUAUAAUAAUAAUAAUUUUUAGGUUAUAAAGUAUCGAUAUUGUUCUGACUUUCUUGCCACCCGGCUAUCUUCCAUCCCUCAAUUCCUACAUUGUAAAAGAAGCGACUAACGUACUUCAUCGAAAGUUUUUGGUAAAAUUCGCGAAUGUCCGCGAAGAAAAAACGCUCUUUUGAAAUGUGCAGGUACGUGAUACACCGAGAAGAAAGUUCGUUUCAGCAAACGGCUCCUGAAACUCUUUAUUGUCUGUUUCCUUUUAAUUUAUUGUCUUCUUAAUACAGUACCUUAAAAUCGAACGAAUUAUUCAUUUCAGUAAUAAAGAGUAUUAUUGCAACAAGCAUCAGUUUACAGUUUACAGGUUACUGAGUUUAUAUAUGAAAAAGAAGCUUCUAGCUUAGGCAAAUGGUAAAAAAGGUACAAACAAAUAAAUUUGGAGAUAAGGAUAAGGUAAGGAAGUGGCAAUGGACUCCAUUUAACAAACGUAUUUAGCGAUUGACCGACAAAAUUUACACUAGAAUAGGGCUUUUUGGCUAGCCUGCGAAUGCUUUGACCUGUUAACGAAAAUGCACAACGGGACCAUAGUAUUACACAAGAACUGUUAUUUAACUGGAAUAGUGUCACAUUCACUUUGAUAAAAAUCAUUAUUUUCUUACGUUGACAAUAAGUAUAACCGAUUGAUUGAUUUUGACAAGGUUUUUAUCUAUACCUAUGUUAUAGUUUUAAGCGUAAUUGUUAAAUAGUAACUCAAGAAGACACUACGAUGCGUAGCUAUUUUCUGGUUUCUUUGAGUUAACAAUGUUUUAAAAUUAGUGUGUUAAAGUUUAGUUCUGGUUUGCUUUUAUUUGAAUGAAUAAAGUCUUGAAUGUACUUUUCAUUUACUUAUUAUUAUUAUGUAUUUAUUUGAGACGCAAAAUUUUACCUUUACUACUUUUUGCAAUAACAAUAAAACUGACACGAUGAUCCGCGAACUUGAGUCCAUGCCAUCCUCAUUUUUUGUUUGGGGUGAUUUGCGGUCCUCGUUGGGGAUGAUUUACGGUCGAGGAUCAUUUGUGGUCCAUUUUGGGGAUCAUUUGCGGUCUAAGGAUCAUUUGCCAUACUGUACAAAACUCUUUCCUAAGCGGACGAACUGACUGGUCCAAAGAGGGACGACCGCACUGGUUGCCUGCGUGCAGACGUCUCCUAUUUCCUUUGUUGCACGCGGAAAAGGGACGUCUGCGUAACGCCGUCGCUAAUCGUGUUCCAGCGUCCCGCUGGCAGGGUAUUCUAUUUCGCAUAAAUUGUGAAAUAAUAUCCGGUUAGAAAUAAGAGUUGACAGGCCAAACACAACAUCAUAAGCUCGUGAUAAUGCGAAACGUGACCUUGAGAGUCUGCUUGGACAGAGGUUUUUCCUCUUUGCUUUUUCGAACGAAGGUUACUAGCACCUCACAGUGCAUGUAGCAUUCUCAACUUUGACUGAGUAAAUCUCGUUUUUGCCGCACUGUCUUACAUUUAGAGGUCAUGAAGCAGGUUUGUUACAUGCAUACUGAGUAAUCAUUUCCUCUUGUUUAUGCUUCUGUGGGUGUUCCUGAUAGGAUUUGAUUUCAGAUGCAGUUGUAAAGUGUUAAAUUUUCUUUGACCUCUGUUUGUUACAGCAAAAAUAAAGAUUUUAGUUUCUUUGGCUGGCUUUCUCCGCUUUUGUAGUUUUCUCAGACACUGUUUAUAAAUAUGAUGUGAUGUGUUAUGCACAGUAAAUUGUCAAGAGAUAAUUCCCUCGUACACGUUAAAUUUUCCGCGACCUCGCACAAGAUUUCAUCAAACGGUCUGCACACAAUGGCACACGUUUUGAAUUGUUUUGGUUGGAAAACCCCCAUUACAUAAAUCACCGCAUACAUUAUCAGACCAGAUUCGAUAACAACCAAUCAGCGUUAUGUCAAACAAUGCGCACUGUGUGUCAGCCUAUCACAGCAUGUUCCCAAGAUCUUGGGAACCCAGCGGGACGCUGGAACACGAUUAGCGACGGCGUUACGCAGACGUCCCUUUUCCGCGUGCAACAAAGGAAAUAGGAGACGUCUGCACGCAGGCAACCGCACGUGGGACGAAAUAUGUAUUUGUGCAAAUUUUCUCCUUGCAUUUGCGCAAUAUUUGCUAACAAUUAACAUUUAACGGUUACUCUGUACGUAUACUGUGAUAAAGUUCCAUGAUGUUAAGGAAGCUAUCCAGAGUUCAAGUUCAUUACCUUUCAUUGCCAACUUUAAUUUGUUUAUAAAUGCAAAAACAUAACAGGAAAACAUCAACGACAAUACGCUCGGUAUAUGGAUUCUUUCAGUGUUUGUCACAAAUUAGUUGUUUCUUUGUUCGCGGAUGACAAUCAUACGGCCGGAUAUCGGUCUAAUCUACAGUUUAUUGACAGCCAAAUGUAUUGAUUUAUCUUAAUUAAUCUACUACAGUACGUAUAAGUCAAGGGUCGUAAUCAAAUACUACUAUUGUCAAUUCAGUCCGCUUCCGGUGUCCUCUUAAUAGACGUUUUUAACAAUUAGCCAUAUAGAAUUUAUUUUAGUGUCCACGUCCGCUUAACAGAGGUGUCCGCUGAAUACGGGCUCGUUAUAAAGAGAAAUAUAAGACGUAAAUUUCGGGACCCAGCUUAGUGUCCGCUUAAUAGAGGGUGUCCGCUUAAUUGCCCAAAUUUGUAAAAGCUGAGGAGUAAAUCUGGAGCAAAGAUGGUAAUUGCCACAUUUGCCUAGUUAUUUAUAUAAUUACACUCCCUGUUCUUGGUAUGCAAAUGUGGCAUUUACAUCUCUGCCAUAUAUUUACUUCUCAGUUUUUACAAAUUUGCGAGAUAUUUGAAAGGAGCAAAUUUGGGCAAAUCCAUUUUUUUCGCCAAGUGCCGCUAACAGGGGGUUUUUAUGGAACGUAAUAAAAUGAGGCAAAAAAACACAAAACUACACAUAGGUUUUGGGCUGUUUUAGCAGCACAUAAUAUCCAUGGCCAUUAUUAUUCAUUCAAAAUAUUUCCCCGAUUCUGAAUUUUGUGUUUAGCGAGGAAAUGACGUAAAAAAAUGCAGCGUUUUUGCAGGUUAAUAUACCGUUAACCGAGAAGACCUGUGGACGAGGUUGAGUUGUUUUGGUUGUGGUAACAAAAGUGGCGGACAUUUCACUCGUUUCAAGAGUAAGAACUAGGCGAAAUAAUAGCUAAAAACAUGGCAAGAACAGCAAGAACACAACUCGAAGGGCGACAUCUGCUAUUUGGAGAAUAUUUGCGGAGCUGAACAACCCUAAACGUGCACUAUCAAAGAUGAACUUAACAUCGAUGGAGGUAAGCAUGUCUUAGCCACGUUUUUGAACUAGGAAUUAUUUUGAAUGAAUUAUAAAACAAUUAUUGAAUUCGGCUUUCGUAUCAUCUCGGAGGGUGUUAUCCGCCUCGGCCUACGGCCUCGACGGAUAACAGCCUCUUCGAUCUCCAUAAUUCUUCAUAUUAUAGGGACUGUGCAAUAAUUAUCAGGAGGGGGGGGGGGGGCUGAAAAACCAGAGUUAUCUAGCAAAAACUUAGACAGUACCCCCCCCCCCCUCCAAAACAAAAAAAAAAUAGUUAUAACCCCCCCUCUGUUAUGUUAAAAAUAACGUCGCACCCCCCCCCCUCCCACCACACUGGUAAACUCAAAACUGGACUGAGCUGCCAUCACAGCUUCAAUAAUGACAAACGUUAUUAUGUAACAUCUAGUAUCGAGAAGGAUGUUGAUCGCUUGAUUGAAGAUUUAGACAAAGCAUUUGCUAAGUACCGGGGUGCUUACCACAUUGGCUCAAAAUCUAAAAUUUCUGAAGCCAGAAAGAGAAAGGAGCAGAGGAAAAGAUCAAAGAACAGGAGAUUGAACGCUUCAAAUAACAGACGAAAAAGAGCUUGCAUUAUAUUUAGAUCCUUGGGAGGAGAGCCUGUUGAACUUUGUUAUGAGCCACAUAUAUAUGGAAUUCUGCAAAUCGAUUCAGUCGAUGAAGAAACAUUACUUUUUGUCAUCAAAAACCGACAAAGCUUGUCUACGAGAUCUGUUUGAUUCCCAUUGUUUUAUGGGGGAAGCUGAAAAACAAGUUCAUGAUUUUUGCUUUACAUAGGAUCAGCUCAAUUAAUUAGAAGACGGGUUGAAAUUGAUCAGUUGUGAAUUUGCUUUUCAUUUUGAUGGAAUAUUUUCAAUAAUCGUUUAACCGCUGUUCGUGUUGAUAUUUGUUACAGUCUAUCAUGAUGCCUGUAUUGAGAAUCUUUUAUUGCGUUUAAUUUUAAUUACAUUUCGAAUAAAACUUAAGGCCCCCCCUCCGUCAAAUGAGUGAUUUUACUUUGAGCCCCCCCUUAUCUUGGCAGCAAUUUUAUGUAAUGCCCCCCCUCUGGUUUUAGGGCCCCCUCCCCUCCUGAUAAUUAUUGCACAGUCCCUAAGAUACCCAGCCUUCUUCAUUAAUUGUUAAUUUUUGUUCUCGUAACUUUAUGUUACUAGAAGCCCCAGUGGGUUUAAUUGUUCUCAAUUGCAUUUUGUUUGUUUUGAUCUGAUAUCUUUGUACUUACUCUUGCCACGAGUAUAGCUGUAUCUUUUGCGAAAAUACCUACACGUAAAUAAAAAUAAAAUAAAAUAAUAAUAACUUUUAGGGCCAUUUACACCAGGAAAAAUGAGACGCGUCUCACAUAAGACGCGUCUUAAAUAAGGCGAACUUUCCGUUUAAACGGCACAUUUCGUCUACAAUAAGACGCAACUUAGCUAAGACGCGUCUUAUUUAAGAACAGCCCUUAACACCUGUUCUUUAGCCUGCAAAGCGGGCGUAUUUUGGAGCACGAUCCAUGAAUUGUUUUCAGGAAUGACGUUGUCUCGCCAUCUUGGACGUUAAUACUACCAGAGAGUUGGGACGAGUCAAAAAGUGAUUUUAAGGGAGAGGUAGAUGGGUUUAAAAUAGGGGAGGGGGAGGGGAGAGGAGGAAAAAAUACGCCUGCCCGCAGCCAUUGUUCAUUUGGCGAACCCGCACACUAGAUCGACGGGGACUCUGAUUGGUGCGGUUUCAGAUGUUUGAUUGCUAGCUGCCAAUCAAGGGGACACAUUUUUUACGGACCCUACGAGAGGAGUAUUUUAGUCUGAUUCAUCCGAAAUUUUAAAACAUGGCGGAUUUGGAAGACUUCGAUUCUGCCCUGGAGAAAGCUCUUUCGGCGCUCGCUGGACUGGGAACAUUAAAUUGCGAUCGGAACAAAAGCAAGCGGCCACGACGCUGUUGUCGAGGCAAGAUUUAUUAGUAGUUCUUCCAAAAGGCUUUGAAAAAAGCCUGAUCUUUUAGUUGUCGGUGCGGGUGAAAGAAAUAUUGACAGGCAAACCUGCAUGUGUGAUCGUUGUUUGCCCUCUAAAAAGUAUUGUGCACGAUCAAUUGUCCGAAGCAACUGCGAUGGGUUUAACGGCCACAUCACUUUCGGACUCCAGUUUAGAAGAUGUAGAGAACGGUAACUACCAGCUAAUCUUUGGAUCUGCAGAAGAUCCCUAACCCUAACCCCUAACCCUAACCCUAACCCUAACCCUCCCUGCCCCUCCCCCCUUCCACCGCCCCUCGCCCUUAGUCUUUUUCGUUGCUUUUCAAGAUGGCGGUCACGAUCAAUGUACCUCCGAGUUUUCGUUAAAAAACGCCUGCUCUGCAGGCUACCUGUUCUUAGAUAAGACGCGUCUUAGCCAAGACGAGAAAAACUUCGUAUAAAUGACCUUCGCGUCUUACAUAAGACGCGAACGCAUAGUACGCAUGCGUUAAUUUUUUGAGGGAAAAUUUUCGCUUGUCCCGCAGCGGACUGGGAGCCUACUAGCAGGGAAAAGUUGACAACAAAUUGCAACGCGUUUCCGUUUGCUUGGGUUGCUAUCUAUUCUAAGACUUUUAAGCUUUCUUUGUUUCUUCGCUCAAGUAUAAUGAGCACGCCGACAAAGGCAAAACGAAACACGUGGUCCACUGCCCAAAAAAAAGGACCUUUUGUUGCUCUGCAAGAAGAGGGCAAUAGUAUACCUUCUGGACAAAUAUUGGAUUGCCGUUGCUACGGGCAACAUUCACAUGAAAACGAUUCAAGAACAGAAAUAAGACGCGAACCAUUCAUACGAGCUGUUUUCGUCUUAACACAUGCUCGUAUAAAUGGCAAAGUCCGCGUUUUAUUUAAGACGCGUCAUAUUUUCCUCGUAUAAAGGGCCCUAAUAAUAAUAUCAAUAAUAAUAAAGGAAAGAUUGAAACUGAGAAAAAAUUUUGUUUUUGAUAAAUGACGUUCAUUAGAGCAACUCGAUCGAAUUUGUUUUAUGAGAAUAAGGUUUUUUUUAUUGUUUUUAAUUAAUAAUAAUCAUCAUCGUCAUCGUCAUCAUUAUGACAGGCACAAGGACAAUGUCGCUAACUUAUCUUAGAAAAGUUUUGUUUCAUUUCUUUUAGCUUCUGGUUAUGCCCGGUAUCAAGACGACUCAAAAGCCUUCUUAUUUUCACUGGUAAACAAGCCAGGAUGGGCGCCUUUCAAAUUGCCUCAGUCAGGGAAAUAUAGUUAUAACAAAAAUUCCAUAUACUUUCGUUCAACCUACGGGCCUACAUUCGGAGGAGGACAUGACAUUUACAUAUCAAACUCCGCGUCAUCCAAUCGCAAUUCACAUAGCGACCUUGGCUAUACUUACAGCCCACCAAGCGGGUACAGCUACCGCAGCACCUUCACCCAAUCAUUCCUGGCAGGAUCGUUAACUUUCACACCAGACGAAGUAGAAACCUUUUACGAAACAACCUAA